UAUGACCAAUCAGAUAAGAAAAGAAAUAAUACAAGGUUUCAAGCUUCAUGGCUUAACUUUGAAAAGCGAUGCUAUGCAUUACUUGAUAGAGAUUUUAGAGCCUAUCACUGACGUUUCGAGACAAGAUUGUAUAGAUAGGUUGAUAGAAGUAAUAGAAAAACAACCACUGCAUACACAACUAAUAACUAAGGAAUUGUGUGAAGCGGCUGUAGAAGACUGUAACUCAGAACAAAGAAGUAAAAGAGAAGAUAUUCUUCACGUUAUUGACACAUUCGAAGUACCAAAACUUUUAUUUAAAAAAACCGGAAAAAAAACGAAAGAUGGCGUUCUUUUUGGCGAUGCUUCGGCAAAAACAUCUGUAUUUUUGGAACGUUUUAAUCUUAUACAUCAGUUAAAACCAAUAGAAUAUUUAUUAGGAAGUAGUGCUAAGUUAGGAGACAUUAUUGUGCUAGGACUACUUAGCCGUUUAAAACAUGAUAAAUGGUAUCUCGAGGAUGCUACUGGCUCAAUUCCUCUCAAUCUACAUAAUGCUCUUUUUCAUACUGGUUUAUUUACUGAAGGUUGCAUCGUUCUAGCCGAAGGAACUUUUGAUGAUGGAAUUUUUGAUAUAAAGAAUUUAGGUUUUCCUCCCCCUGAGUCCGCGACUAACACCCAAGCAUAUAUUGGUAAUAUAAAUUCCUUUGGUGGUCCAGGUUCUGAGAGUGUUCGCGGCGAUGAGAUCCUCCUUAACUAUGAGAAACAUAAUGAAAAUGCAAUGUUUGUCUUCUUAAGUGAUGUAUGGCUAGAUGACACAACUGUACUAGACAAACUUCAAACUAUGCUCACUGGUUUUGAGUCUAUAGCUCCAGUAGCAUUUGUAAUUGGUGGUAACUUUUGUUCAAAGCCUUAUGGAAGCGAUCACUUCACAACAAUCCUAAAAUCUUUUAGAGUUUUCGUUGAUAUCAUUUGUGAAUUUUCAUCGAUUAGAUCCAAUUCCAACUUUAUUUUUGUGCCCGGACCAGAUGACUUAACACCAUCAGGAAGACUAGUACCGAAAGCCGGUCUCUUUCAAUCUAUAAGGGCCUAUGCAGAAGAAAAGUUAGAAAAGGUUUUCUUUGCGACAAAUCCUGCGAGAAUACGAUAUUGCACCCAAGAAAUAGUAUUCUUUCGAGAAGACUUAACUUUCAAGUUGUGCAGAAAUUGCGUUAAAUUCCCUAAAGAAGAUGAUUUGACAGAUCAUAUAGCUCGAACAAUAGCUUCGCAAGCUCAUUUGGCUCCUCUCCCACUUCAUGUUUUGCCUGUAUUUUGGUCACAUGACGCAGCCUUAAGAUUGUACCCACUACCUGAUCUGGUUGUAAUCGCGGAUAGAUACAAAGCUUAUAAUUGUACGGUAGCGGAAUGCAAUAUAAUUAAUCCGGGAUCUUUUCCUCGGAGUUCCUUUGGGUUUAAAGUCUAUUAUCCAUCUAGCAAGCAGGUGGAAGAUUGUCAAAUUGAUAAUUAA